ACGGUCACCUGAUCUGCGGCGGCAGUGGUGGCCGAGGCAGUGGAGGCUGAAGCUAUGAUGGCGGCGACGGUGGCUGCUCGGGUGCAGGCGGGGACCAGGAGGGCCCCGGCGUUCUGGCAAAUGCGGUGGCUGCCACUGUUGCUGGUGGCGGCGGCUGCGGCGGCGGCGGCGGAGCAGCAGGUGCCGCUGGUGCUGUGGUCGAGUGACCGGGACUUGUGGGCUCCUGCGGCUGACACCCAUGAGGGCCACAUCACCAGCGACAUGCAGCUUUCUACUUAUUUAGACCCCGCCCUGGAGCUGGGCCCCCGCAACGUGCUGUUGUUCCUGCAGGACAAGCUGAGCAUUGAGGACUUCACAGCAUACGGUGGUGUCUUUGGAAACAAGCAGGACAGCACCUUUUCUAACCUGGAGAAUGCCCUGGACUUGGCUCCCUCCUCUCUUGUGCUUCCUGCUGUUGACUGGUAUGCAGUCAGCACUCUGACCACUUACCUGCAGGAGAAGCUUGGGGCAAGCCCCUUGCACGUGGACCUGGCCACCCUUCGGGAGCUAAAGCUCAAUGCCAGCCUCCCGGCUUUGCUGCUCAUCCGCUUGCCCUACACAGCCAGCUCAGGUCUGAUGGCACCGAGGGAAGUCCUCACAGGCAAUGAUGAAGUCAUUGGACAGGUGCUGAGCAUGCUCAAGUCUGAAGAUGUCCCGUACACAGCAGCCCUAACAGCCGUCCGCCCUUCCAGGGUGGCCCGCGAUGUAGCCAUGGUGGCUGGGGGUCUAGGUCGCCAGCUGCUGCAAACACAGCCAAAACAGUUGGUGUCGGUUGUGAUCCACCCCCCUGUGAGUUAUAAUGAUACUGCUCCCAGGAUCCUGUUCUGGGCCCAGAACUUCUCAGUGGCAUAUAGGGACCGCUGGGAAGACCUGACUCCCAGAACCUUUGGGGUCCAGUAUCUCAACCUGACUGGCUCCUUCUGGAAUGACUCCGUUGCCAGGCUUGCGCUGACCUAUGAACAACUCUUUGAUGCCACAGUGACAUUUAAGUUCACUCUGGUGAACCGCUUCUAUCCAGUGUCAGCCCGGCACUGGUUUACCAUGGAGCGCCUCGAAAUCCACAGCAAUGGCUCUGUAGUCUACUUCAAUGUCUCCCAGAUCACAGGGCCCAGCAUCUACUCCUUCCACUGCCAGUAUGUCAGCAGUCUUAGCAAUAAGGGCAGUCUCCUUGUGCCCAACACUCAGCCCUCUCUCUGGCAGAUGACUCUUCAGGACUUCCAGAUCCAGGCCUUCAAUGUGACAGGCGAGCAGUUCUCCUACGCCAGUGACUGUGCCGGCUUCUUCUCCCCGGGCAUCUGGAUGGGGCUGCUCACCUCCUUGUUCAUGCUUUUCAUCUUCACCUACGGCCUGCACAUGAUCCUCAGCCUCAAGACCAUGGACCGCUUUGAUGACCACAAGGGCCCCACCAUUACUUUGACCCAGAUUGUGUGACCUUGUGCCCACUGGGGAUUAAGGGUGUGAUGGUGUCCAGGUUGUUGCUUUUUCACCUAAGGCAUGCUGGACUGAAGGACUUCCUUCUCUUCCUACCAUAGCAUGAACCCCCAACUCCCCUCAGCCUGUCUUGCUCCUUUUCAACCCUCUGAGGGGCUGCCCUGGGGCUGCCCACCCCGCAUCUCUAUCAACAGGUGUACAUAUUCUGCAUAGAUAGUAUACAAAUCUCCCAGGCUUUAUGAUUGUGAGGGGAGGGGACAUGAAUUCUAGAACCCCUUCCUCCUCCCUGUUUCUCCUUAUUUAUUUUCAUAUCUCCACCUUCAUCCCUUGCUGUUUAUAGUGCUUUUGUGUAGUCAGUGCUUCAUCCCUAGGCUUUAGGGGGCUCCCUGUAGCAGCCAGGAGCUGGAGGUUCCCUGGGCUGGGGGGGGGAGGGGGGUUUGGAAGUACUGUUUAACUGUCUGUCCCGCUUGGCUGGUGGUGUUUUUGGCGAUGUGCUAACAAUAAGCAGUACACUGGGGUUUAUUUCUGUGUCCUGAGAAGGAAGGGACCUCCACGGCAGGUGGGCUGGGUGUGCUCACUGGGUUCCUGGUAGUUCCUGCCAGGAAUGCCUGGCAGGAGCCUGGGGUGCUCGAUGGGUUUCCUUCCUAACAAAAUAAAGAUGGGUCACCAUG